ACUGGGAAAGUCGCCCAGACCUCGCCGGCAGGUUGAAGUACACCUGGGGGACAUCGGGCUGGGACCAGACAACCACAGCACUGCGGUAAAAAAACAGCUUCAGUCAGACAUCCUCGUCGGUGAGGAAGCUGCUCAGUGUUUUAAUGUUAUUGUAGUUAUUGUUUUUAAACGCAGUGAGCCCACAGUGUGCUCUUUGUUUCAGCUAGCGAUGCGUUCACGUUAGCUAGCUGCUUCCGGAUAAAACAACCUUCACACAGAAAAUCAAAAUGAAGACAUGAGGAUAACAUUGUUGACUCUGGAUCAUGGUUUCAUUUUUCGCAGUUUGAAUGGAUUUUUUAACUUUGAACAUGCAGACAUAGAUGUGUGACCAAACACAGUUUUAAGGAUAUAAGAGGACGCUGAUCAUUUCCAGAGAAGUUUGGACUGAUCUUCUUCAGCCAAUGGCUACAACAGACACCAAAGUCGCAGGCAGCGUUACCACCGCGGGUCUGUCGUGGGCGCGGGUGUGUAAGGAGUGCGGCCAGCAGCACGAGGGCUCGGACAGCCACCUGUACGAGUACCAGGAUGAGGUGGACGAUGAACUGGUUUGCCACAUCUGCCUGCAGCCCCUCCUCAGACCUAUGGACACCCCUUGCGGCCACACAUAUUGCUUUCAAUGUCUGAGUAACUUUUUGAAAGAGCAGGACUUCUGCCCCGUGGACCGCCUGCGGCUGCAGUUGCAUCAGUGCCGUCCCUCCAGCCUGCUGGUCAGGAACCUGCUGGACAAGCUGACCGUGAUGUGUCCCCACUCUAUAGAGUGUCAGCAGCAGAUGCAGCGCUGUGAGCUGCAGCCUCACCUGCACAACAGAUGUCCUGUUUUUAGAAGACUGAGGGAGGAAGCAGAGAAGAGGAAGAGGCCCUCGUGGAACGAGCUAAAGGGACGUAAGGGUGACGGGGAGUCGUCUGGUGAUGCUAAACAUUCAGCAACACAGUCCCGAAAUCCCACCAAAGAUCAGCCUGAGCCCGGGCUGAUUAACCCUGCCUAUGAAGAAAGUGAGGAUGACAACACCCCACUGCGGUCCAGUCUGGUGGCCGAGGCCAACGUGGUGGAGCUGUUCAGACAGGAGCCGGAGGAGGAGCUGGGCCUUCGCAUCGUCGGGGGUAAAGACACACCGCUGGGGAACAUCGUCAUCCAGGAGAUUGUCCGAGACUCGCUAGCGGCUCGUGAUGGCAGACUGGCCCCAGGGGACCACAUCUUAGAGGUGAAUGAUGUCAGCCUGGCUUCAGUCCCCCACGCCCGAGCCAUCUCAGUGCUCCGCCAGCCUUCCCUCCUCCGGCUCACCGUCAUGCAGGAGAAAGGUUUUAAGUCAAGGGAUCCACGGUCUGAUCUUCACGCUUCCCCUUGCACCACAUCCGCUCCCUCCCAGGCUUCUCACAGUCCCCACGGCAACCCUACCUCCAAUCACAACCCCGGCACGGUCCUGCAGGUGACGCUAAUGAAGAGUCAGCGCACCGAACCGCUCGGCAUCAAACUCAUCCGCAAAUCGGAGGAGAGCGGGGUUUUCAUCCUGGACCUGCUGUCGGGUGGUUUAGCAGCCAAAGAUGGAAAACUGAGGAACAAUGACAAGGUGUUGGCCAUCAAUGGACACGACCUGAGGCACGGCACACCUGAGAGCGCUGCCCAGAUCAUACAGGCGAGCGAGGUGCGUGUGAACUUUGUGGUGAUGAGACCUGCAGAGACUCAGGAGGAAGGAGGAAGCAGCAGAGAGGGACAACACAGCCGAGCAGCCAGGAGGGCUCCUGAGCCGCAGUACUUCAGGCGCCGCUCCACCUACAUGAAGGAUCCUCCAGGUGGGUUUUCCAGCCAGGAGAAGACUGUGAGUCUGAAGAAGGAGCCUCGUCUUUCCCUGGGCAUCACCAUCGCCGGGGGGAGGGACUGUCGCAGCCGUCUGCCCGUUUACAUCACCAGUGUGCAGCCCGUCGGCUGUCUUCACCGAGAUGGCACCAUCAAAAGAGGCGACAUUCUGCUGAGCAUCAACGGGGUCGAUCUGACCCAGUUGACCUACACCGAGGCAGUUUCUGCGCUGAAGACUCAGACAGCUCAGUCCCAGGUGGCGCUCCGUGUCAUCCAGACCCUCUCCGAGGACCCAGAGGAGGACGCCGAGGCUGCCGACAAGAACGAGCUGGACGCUGUGGACGACCCACGAGAGGACGCCCUCAACUGGACGCCCCUGUGGACUCGCUGGCUGGGACUACCAAGUCCCAUGCACUGGUGCCGGGACAUCGUCCUGCAGAAGACCAACAACGAGAGCUGGGGCUUCAGUAUCGUCGGCGGCUACGAGGAGAGCCACGGCCAGCAGCCUUUCUUCAUCAAAACCAUAGUGCCUGGUACACCUGCUCACUUUGACGGACGCCUCAAGUGCGGUGAUGAGAUUGUUGCGGUGAACGGAGCCACAACAGUGGGAAUGAACAACUCCUCUCUCAUCCCGAUGCUCAAGCUGCAGAAGAAUAAAGUCACACUGACUGUGGUGUCCUGGCCUGGGAGUCUUGUGUAGCAAAACACACCUGCACACUCACACUCUUUUCUUUCUGGCACCCUUGUUAAUUGUUCACAGCGCACACAGAUCCUCUCGCUGCGUUCUUGACUCGGCCACUCACUGUCGCUUCCAAAUGUAACUCAUGGUUAAGAUUGACGUUCAAUCUGUGUAAUAAUAAGAACCAUCCUGUGUACGAUAGAAAUGACUCUCCCAAGCAUAUUCUCAGCAGGCGCUUUGUUUCAGUGUCCUCUCACACUCAAAGGGCAGACGUUUGCACAAAACUGGAUUAAUCAGGGUGCAAAAAUGAUGACAAUCAGUGAAUCACAUUCGAUGGACAAACUGGAAGGAUGGUUGUUGUUUUAUUUGGAGCACCUUUUACUGAAUACUUCAUGUAUUUUUGUUGCUUUCCUGUUUAAUAAUGCCAUCAUUGGAGUGAUUCACAUAAACAGCACCCAAAGAUGAAAUGUAGUACUUAACGAUAUAUUUAGACAGUUGAGAUGAAGAAUUAUAGUCGACAACAUAUAACGAAAAUGGUCGCUGAUGUAUAGACUCAUGCCAAAGACAGAAAUAUCAUCCUGUCCCGUAGCUUUUGUACCACUAGUGUGAUUUUAUCAACUUUAUUUACAUUCAGAAUGAUGGAGCAAUGACGGAAAUUCAGUUAAAUUAUAUUGGUAGAAAACAGCUUUGGCCUUGGUUUAUUUUCUGUUAGCGGUUGAUAUUAUCGAAUUCUGCAACAGGAAAUAAACGUUUCUAUUGUUGUUCAAAGCUGUGAGAUGGUCUAUAGAAGCGUUAUAUAAUACUGAAUGACUUUGAUAAGCGUGUGCCUUGUAGACAUUGAAGGACAAACCAGAAUGUAUACUUGCCUUAAAUUUCCACUGCACCAAAAUGUGUUUCCCAUCAUUAUUUCCUCACAUUUUAAACUGAAUUUCAAACAUAACAGCUCUGUUCAGAUACAUUAGUGUUACCUCGUUCUUUUUUGUGUCAACACGUUCCCAGUGGCCUUUCUUGUGCAUCGAUUGAGACAAGACUAAUUGAAUAAUUCAGACCUUGUUUUAGAGAGAUGGCAGUGGAAUACAGUGUAUACAGUUGGUAAUGUGUGUGUAUAAGCCUGUUCACUGUUUUAUUAUGUUCAAUAAAAUCAUGCUGUUCUU